UAUACAUGGGUCUCUUUGCGGCGGCGGCGCGAGAGCGGAGUCCUAGCUGAGGCGGCGAGAGUCAUGGCCGGACAAGCAUUUAGAAAGUUUCUACCACUCUUUGACCGAGUAUUGGUCGAAAGAAGUGCAGCCGAAACUGUAACCAAAGGAGGCAUUAUGCUUCCAGAAAAAUCUCAAGGAAAAGUAUUGCAAGCAACAGUAGUAGCUGUGGGAUCAGGCUCUAAAGGAAAGGGUGGAGAGAUUCAGCCGGUUAGUGUGAAAGUUGGGGAUAAAGUUCUUCUCCCAGAGUAUGGAGGCACCAAAGUAGUUCUAGAUGACAAGGAUUAUUUCUUAUUUAGAGAUGGUGACAUUCUUGGAAAGUAUGUAGACUGAAACAAAUCAUUAUUGAAGUGGCAUCGUGUGAAGCUACCUAUUCCACUGAAGUUCUGAAAUUUUUCAUCAUGUAAAUAAUUUCCAUGUCUCUUUUAUAAUAAACUGAUGAUAAUCUAAUAACAAAAAAAAAAAAAAGAUUAUACAUAUAAUACUGGGAUGCUCUUAUAAGCCUUUCAAAUUAUCCCAUUUUAAGAAUAAUAACUACAUUUUUUAUUGUAUGAAUCUUUGGCAUAUAUGUGGAUGAAGCAUAAAUGAUUAUUGGUGUUUUCUUGAUGGAAUUCAAUUAUUUCUUGGCUAUUAGAGUGACUAUUUUAAAGGACAGCAUUAUAAAUUAAUAUGAUACAGACAUCACUAUCACUGCUACGACAAUCUCCCAAAUCCAUAAUAUAGUAACAUUUUCAAAGAUUGACCUGUAAUGUGGUUUUUUCCAUAUUUUUUAUUGGUGCAUUAUAAUUAUACAUAAUGCUGGAAUUUGUGUAACAUGUUUGUAUUAGCCCAGUCCAUAUUAUGCUAGCAGAAAUGUCCCAUAAAACAAAAAUCAAGUUCGGUAUGGCAUAUUAGUAUGGUUUAUCUAAAGCCUUUUUACUGGAAGUUUUACUUGCCUGUAGGCUAAUUUCUUUCAGGUUUGGGGCAUGUGUUCAUUUGCAUGAUACUGUUUUGGAUAUAAGAAAUUAAUACUCAUUUCAUGGACUGCUCUGAAGUAUAUCUGAAGUAUGUAUGAUUCUUGGAAAUUCGUGGAGAUUAUUGAAAAUCAUGAUUAAGCAGAGUUAAUACACUGUAUUCAUGCCCUGCAUACUUCUACAUAUUUGCAAAGAUGUUAUUUUGAGCAAUAGCAACCUAUGCUAAUGGGUUUUUGUCCUCUGGCAGUAAGUUAGCAUGGCUUUAUAUUAUAAAGCCAAUUAAUGGAAUCAUUAACUUCACUUGAUAUUUAAAUUGAGUAAAAAUUAUUUUAACAACAAUUUUAUUAAGAUGAUUCACAUACCAUAUAAUUCAUCUAUUUAAAAUGUACAAGUCAAUGGUUCUUAGUAUAUUCACAGAAGUGUGCAACCAUAAUCACAAUUUUAGAACAAAUUCAUCCCUCCAGAAAGAAACCUGAUGCUCAUGAGCAGUCAUUUUCCAGCCUGCCCCCUUAGUCCUCCUUUUCCACCCUAGCUGUAGGCAACCACUAAUCUAUUUUCUGCUUUUAUCGAUUAUUCUGUUCUGAAAUUUUAUGUAAACAGACUUAAGUAUGUGGUCUUAUAUGUGUGACUUCUUAGCUUGUUUUGAAGAUUCAUCCAUGUCAUAUAUAUGAGUUUAAUUGCUAAAAUUUGUUUUAAAAGUUAUUUUGGUAUUUUUCUUUCUUUUAAUUGCUGUCUCUUCCUUUUCAUUGUGAAAUAAACCCUAAGGUCUCUAGUCAUAAUUAUUAUGAUUUUAAAGAGUAAGCCAGGGCUGGGGAGAUACUGAGUUCCAUCCCCAGUACCGCAAAAAAAAAAAAGAUUAAGCCAGUUCAUUUCUGUAAACCAUAAGCAAUCAUUUUUACAUGAUCCUAGAGCAUUUCACAG